AUGGUUUUUCUGAAAAUAGAAUUGAAACAAAUUCAGAGCAGUCAACUAGUUAUUUUGGAAUGUCUAGACUCAAUACAGUUACAAUUAGAAGAUCAGCCUCGGGUCUAUGACAAAAAUAUUUCAAUUAAAAAGUUGAAUGAGUGUUCAUUACCAAUUGAUAAUACCACAGAUUUACAAACUUUUGAAAACAAAAUUACUGGUGAUAGCGAAUCUAGAACAUGUUUGGUUAAGGAGCUUACAUAUAUAGGUGGGAAACAUACCGAAGCAAUGGUACGGCGAAUAAUGGCAAAAUUGUGCACGGAUGAACUGUUGCAACACUAUUCCUACAAUGGAAAAAAAGGAAAGAUUCCAUUUUGUUCAUUGAGCAUUUGUUCUGUUAUAUUUGGUAAGAUUAUAAUUCUAUGUUUGUGCAUAUAA